GGAUGCUGCAUCAGUUUUCAACUUACAGUGAUACGGGGAGGAUAGAAAUACUGUACUUGCAGCGCUCGACUUGAGGCUGAGCUGACAGCAGCACACAGAUAAGAGAUAGAUCGAACUCUGGGCAGCUUACCUCUUUCUUUGUUUGCACUCUUUACUUCAAAGCAACAUUAGUUUCUUCCGCCUGUGACUGUAGUUCUUGAGCUGAAAAUAAUUCAACAUUGGUGACGAUAAUGGAGAAAAGGAUGGUAGCAGGACGCAAGUCCAGCUUAGAUUGUAUCUGGAGCACACAGGAGAGCAGUGCCGUUCGCGAUAUGAAGCCGCUCACCGCGUCGGCUCGCUCGCAUUCUAUGCCUAACGUGGGGUCGUUUGCCCCGACGAUACCACCAGCGCCGCCGCUACCGGAAUGGUGCCGUAAGAUCCAGAGUGACGCUGGGCCUGUUCAACCUAAGUGUAAACUACGAGUAUUGUCAACCGUUUCUUUCCACCGAGGCGCAGGACUCGACGAGGACGACCUUUACCUUUCCAACCCUUCUGUUUUACACCCAGAAGACGAGGACGACAUUUAUGGAAUGAAUGAACUACCACUCUCGAUUAUGUCUCCACUAGCAUGUUCGGUGUGUUACGAAUCAGUAUCACCGAUGGACGACCUUGAGGCGGUGGGAGGUGAUUACUUUUGUUCGCACCAGUAUCUUUGCAGGGCAUGUAUGCGUGGCUAUGUGCGAGGCAAGGUGGCCGAUGGCAUUGUGAAGGCUGAAUGCCCGGCAGAGGGCUGCACAGACAUCCUGCCCGCGGAUACGGUUCGUGCCUACAUUGAUCCUAACGGUAUUGAUCGGUUCGAACGCCUGCUCACCAUUAAAGACACGAGCGGUACUGUUCACCUGUGUCCAAACUGCUCCACGAUAACUCACGCUCCGGAGAAGAGACACCGACGCAAAGGCUCCCACGUCACCUGCACGGAUUGCUCGUUUGACUGGUGCUUUGAAUGCGAAGCUCCAUGGCAUCCGAAGUCCACAUGCAAAGAAGCACGCAAGUCGGGCUCAAAAGACUUCCGGGCCUGGCUCAAGACGCGCGUUAGCCGCGACACUCCCAACGCUCAGCGCUGUCCCAAGUGUAAGAUCCCUAUCCAGCGCUCUAGUGGUUGUAAUAAUAUGACUUGCUCCAAGUGCCACACCUCCUUCUGCUACCGAUGUGGAAGCCAACAGCGCGAUGUUGUCUUUCUCGGUAGCCAUUACUCUCGAUACAGCGUCUUGGGAUGCAAGUACAACUUCAAGCCGGAUCAGCCAGUAAAGCGCAAGGCCAUUCGUGGGUCUCUCCUAGUUACCGGCAUAACCGUGGGUGUGCCUGUGUGCAUUGGCGGUGGUGCCGUUGUUCUGGCUCUUGUCCUCGCCGCCUCGCCGUUCUACGGAACAUACAAGAUCCUAAAGAAUGUCAAGGAACACAUUUGAAGAGCUGGCGACCAUAGUCUACACCUCACUGGAUUACUGGCCUCAAUCUGUCAUGUAUAUUUGGAAUUCUAGUUGUACAGCUUGCUUAGAAAGGAAGCAGUGCAGAAGGAAACUUUGAGUACGAUAACCCUCUCUCUAAACUGUAGAUACACCAUGCCUUGAAUACUGGAUGCUGUGUGUUUGUCAUCAAUGUUUAGCAACCUUAGUUAACCGCAAAUGCCGGUUUACAGUCCACAUGGUCGGCUGGCAUUUCUGGUUCCUUUGUACAGCCGAGACGUGAACGGGUGCAGCAAUGCACACACGUGUAAUUUCUUGAAAUGACUCUGCUAGGUAGGAUAAUUUUGACACAUCGCAUCGCGAAAACAACGCGGUGCAUUUUCAGGACUUCAUUUAUCGUGUUUUCUUCUCUUUUUCGGCAAAGUUGAUUGUGCAGCAGCUGGUCCUGCUGUAGGAAAUAAGACAGUACCUAACCCCCUGAGCAGCAUUACAACCUAGACCACCUAUACCAUUGUGAUGUAAAGUACAUGAAGUACCCUUUGUUUGACCUCUGCUUUGUUUGAUCUCUGCUUUGUUUGAUCUCUGCUUUGUCCGAACUGGGUGAUCAUCAUUUGUUGUAUCAUAAUUAUUAUGAUUAUGUCUGCCGUGGUGUUGAAAGAAAGCUUUUCUUAAUUACCUAA